AUGAGUGAUACAAGGCCAAAGAAGAAGCGGAGAGGUGGACCUCGUAGUAGAACAGGUGUCGCCACCUGCAAACGCCGCCAUACACGCUGCGACGAGAAGAAGCCUGUAUGCGGGAACUGCGAACGCCUGAAUCUCGGUUGCGAACCAUCCGAAGAGGUGGCGUGGGCUGCUUCGCAAAGUGAUGCAAUACAGGACGAGCCAAACAAUGACGCGAUGAAUGAUGCGCCGUUGCUCGUUGACGUUUUCAGGACACGUAUGAAUGAUCUUGACCUCCCGGGAGACUCGUUAUUAGGUCAGAAUUACAUACCCGUGACUGGAAUUACACCACCAGGACCGACCGAGACGAACGGUCGGAAGAAGAUACGCUUGACUCCGGAGAGCGCGUUUCUACUGCAAGCCUAUGUGCGUACCGUAGCUACCUGGAUGGACAUCUUUGAUCAUAGUAGCACCUUCCAGCAUAAGAUUCCACAGCUUGUCCUGGCAUCACCGCUCUUGUUCCAUUGCGUGUGCGCCUUUACCGCAAACUACCUAGCGCUUUCAAACUCGAGCCAUGACCCUUCUUGGCAAGUCACGGCUAGGAAGCAUUAUGGAGAAUCGUUGCGUCUGCUGAUAGAGGCCUUGAGUGUGCCAUCGCACGAACACGCGCUGACCGCAAGCAUGCUACUCUUGAGCUACGAAAUUCACGGAGCUUUGCGGUCCGAAGACUAUCGCCGUCACUUUCUAGGCCUGACGAUACUUAUCAAGUCGCGACAUGUCACUGCACAGUCGAGCGGGACAGAUCUUGCGAAUUUCUGGAUCUAUGUUCGGCACGAGAUUGUAGUAGCCAUGGCAAGCGAACAGCCACUAAUACUAAACCCUGCAGAGUGGGAGGUAUCUUGGAUUGAGGGCGAGACUAGGGAAGAUGUGCUUGGCAACCAUGUUCUCUGGAUACUAGCAAGAGUAAUCAACCUCAUCUUUGGACCGGACGGACGAUCAGCAGCUGGUAAAGAACAACGCCAAAACUUCUUGCAUGAGAUAGAAAUGUGGCGAAGGGGUCUCUCCGAUACCUUUGUGGGCAUUGGAUAUGGUGACAAAGACACAGAUGGCUUUCGUAAAGUGUACUUCCCUGUUGCUGCCGCUGCCGCUGCAGCCUUUUGGUAUCAUAUAACACAUAUUCUGCUCUACGCGGAGCCAGAGCUUCAGGAUGAAGCCUAUAUACCUCUAAUCCAAGAGCAGGCUAUGAGAAUUACUGACAUAGCCAUAUCGGAUUUCCCUCCAGCGUUGAUGGUGUUCUCUACGCAUGGUUUGUUCUAUGCUGCGAAGCAUAUUCACGGCAUAUCUAGGAAGGCAAGAAUCUGGAACAUACUGAACGAGGUCGAGCGUCAAACCGGAUAUAAUACAGGAACGACUGUAAGGCUCCUUCAGACUCUGGUUGAAGAAGAUGCACAACGCCGCAGCGGAAGCAUCCCAUGA